AGAAGCCGGGUUGCUUCCCCUUAAUAAAAUAUGGUGGGAUCCGUUCACACCCCUGGUCGAGUUUUAAGGAAGGCAGUACAAAAACACAACUUGUACAAUUCAAAGAACAAUUCAUGACACGGUCCAAGGGGCGACCAUCAAUUGCCAAAAGGAGUCUCAGCCGAACACAUGUUCGCUAGACGAGCCACGACCAUUAUUACAGAUCCGCACCACCCUUGCUACGUACGCCGCUCUACUGUCGCCCUCCAUCUGAGGGACCACCCAAUGAAGCGGGGACUAAGGGCAAUGGAAGGCGUGCUAACUGUAGCUCGCUAGACACGACCAUCUCCCAUGGAUUUGGAGGCAGCACCAUAAUUGUAGUACAUUUGGGCUCCACGUAUUGUUACUGGCGAAUAACAGAAGAGGUGGAUAGACAACACCCAUCAUUGAUUCGAUGAUCCACCGUCAAGGAUAAAGCCGACGGAGUAGAGACGCCGAACACUUGCCGAACCACGGCAAAUGAUGCUAAGCUGUGGGAGCCUAACUCAAUACACCUCCAGUUCCUUUAGAGGAACUCCUCAUCAGCAUGAUGCCAUGAUGCAUCUCACACUUUACUACUUCCCUAACCUGCUUGGCUUCCCAUUUCAGAAGAGACCAACUGAGUCGGAUUAGAUACCAACCUUAAUCCUGACGCGUGUCUACUCCCAGAACAGCAACUGAGCAGAUAAAAAGCGAUGCUCCUACUUCUACCACUGCAACAAAAUCUGGAUACGUCUGUGUUCUUCCCUACCCCUGCUUCCCCCUAAUGCCAGGCUGCCAACACGCGUAAGCAUGCAUUCUCAUGCCGCCGUACGGAUUCCGAUCCUAAACCCGCUGUACUAAUCUUGCGGAACCUAUGACGUCGAACUGCCCCAACUUUGCAGCUUCCAGAACGAUAAAGCUUUUCAUAUGGUGAUCACAAGAUCAUGGCGCUAACUUUACUCUUCCUUUCCAGCAAGAUGAUCACAACCGUCCGAUUCGAUCCCUCCAAUGCCCGUAGCCAUGCACACUGCAUUGAGGAGAGACUCGGCUGUUGAGCUGCUUGCCUCUCGCGGCAUCUGAUUCCGUGCUCACUAGCUCUGAAGAAUCUCUCUUCCUUUACGUCACAGUCCAACGCCCACCACCAAUCCGUGGAUAAUAAUGGAGGACAAUCUGAACAUGUUCCUUUGCAUGAUGGGAAUCGAUAGGUAGUCAAAAGCUCUGGCGAUAGAUAACAUCGAAAGGUUCCUCUCCUUCGGUCUCAAGAUCGGUUCAGCCGCCAAACAGCUAGCACAGAGAUAUAUUCUGAAGAAACCAAGCAGCAAGCAAGCAGAGAGAGACUUUGAGAAACAGAGAGAGAGAGAGAGAGAGAGAGAGAGCAGGGAGGCAAGCAAGCAAGCAGGCAAGUCGCCAUGGGCAGGUCGUCCUCCACGGAGAAGCUUGUGUGCGUCGUGGUGGCGGUCCUGGCCGUCCUGUCGCCGCUGUACAUCGACCGGAGGCCCGCGGCGGAGAGCGACGACGAGGAGGAUGGCGGCGGGUCGGCGCUGUGGCUGCCGGCGCUGCUGGUGGUGCUGAUCCUGGCCAUCAACGUGACGUGCUUCGUGGACCGGCGCGUGGUGAGGUUCGAUCCCUACUGGAUCCACCGUGUGUGGGGGUCCUCCGGUGGGCUCAUGGCCAUGCUGCUGCUGCUCGGCUUUGUGCUCAAGUGUAAGGCAUCCUUGUACGUAUAGCAUGCAGCUACCUCGAUCGCCGACAUGGUGGAUUGGUGGUCUUGCUCGGCUCGGGUUCCCCUUCUUUUCUAGGAGGAUGCAUCAGGAUUAGAACAUGAACAUGUGUUCCCGACCUCCCAGUGCACUUGUUCAGGCUCUGCUCAUUGCUUCCGAUACGGUCUCCUCUUUAAGAAGAAUGAAGUGCUUCUGGCGUUCCAGACUUCCAGAUCUUGUUGGUAAAUCCGUGACCCUGCAGCCUGCACGAUUGACCUCCCCUGUACAGGCUGUGUAGUUAUGAUGAUGUUAAUUACCUUCAGGUGCACUGUUUACUUUAAGUCGGUUUGCUUGUGGUUUUACUAACUCCCGUAAAAAGUUCGUCGCACUUGCUAAUAAGCUGGUUUAUGGAUCAAUUAUGGCCGAGUUUGUUUC